AUGUCAGACUCCCUGCCGUUUUACCCCAGCAGCAGCAGCAGUAGCAAGUCUCAAGCAUCAACCCCUCAGGCCAACCUACACACCUGUGAGCCCUGUGGGACCUCAUGCCAGCAGAUGGCAGAAUCACAGAUUAAAGAGAGCAGGGACGUCUGCUUCACCCAGCAAGACAGCAACACUUUCAGCUUGAGGACUGCAGCUCUGAACAGGAGGCACAGCGCUGAUGGGACCGUCGGUUCAGGAUCAGCACCGGGGCGUGGCCCCGUAGACUCAGACCGUUUCCAUCCAUACCGUCGACAGUUCAGUGAAGGAGCAGUGACGGCUGCAGUUUGUCUCCAACAGUGUUCGUCUUCCUUCAGCUGUCUGCAGGAGGUGUGCAGCCCUGACACUUGUUCACACAGCUCCAACGGCGAGGCACCAACAUCCUGGGACCAGUACAAUGGCAGCUUUCAGAGUUCGUAUCCAGAACUACCAGCUGCACCAGCAGAGCCUUCCUGCUUCCUGUCUCAAAGCUAUUCAUCCUACAGCUCAUCAAGCCCCCUGCAACAGGUCUCAUCAAGACUGAAUCAUAAUAAUGACAAGUUGAACAGCUCAAAAUAUUCUCUUUCCGCUCAAUCACCCCAGGAGAGCAGCACACAGUCCCUCUUCCCCAAGCCCAUUUACUCAUACAGCAUCUUGAUCUUCAUGGCUCUGAAAAAUAGUAAAACAGGAAGCCUGCCAGUCAGUGAGAUCUACAGCUUCAUGACUGAACACUUCCCCUAUUUCAAGACAGCUCCUGACGGAUGGAAGAACUCUGUGCGUCACAACCUCUCCCUGAACAAGUGCUUUGUGAAGGUGGAGAACAAAAAUGGGAACUCGUCCCGUAAAGGCUGUCUGUGGGCUCUCAAUUCAGCCAAGGUGGAGAAAAUGCAGGAGGAGCUGCACAAGUGGCGCCGCAAGGACCCGGUCACUGUACGCAGGAGCAUGGCUAGGCCAGAAGACCUUGACCGUCUGUUGGGAGAGAGACCGGAGAAGCUCAAGUCUUUGCCACCUUACACCAACCCAGCUUUGUUAUCCAGAGUGACCCCUAUCUACAGCACCACCUCACCAUCUUGCACCCCAGCCCAGCUUCAGCCCCCCUGCUUGUCCAUUCGGCGUCCACAGUAUUCCCAUAUUCAACCUCAGCUGCCCUCCUACCUCCCCCCCACCGCUGCUAACCCCAGCAACUCAUGUGCCCUGUACUCACCCUAUGGACAGCCAACAGCCACUGGAGGCCUGAACUCACCCAUGGCUGGUAAGAUGCCACCUGUUUACAAUGAGUACAGCGUUGGCCCCAGGAGCAUGCAGGACUUUCUGUUGGAGGGAGAAGCCAGUUAUGACAUCGACACACUCAACCCCAGUCUGACUGACCUGCAGCUGCAAGGUAACUUGUGGGAGGAGUUAAGGGACGACAGCCUGGUAUCUGAUCCACAAGUCAAUCUCACAACCCCGUCCACUACGUCUGCCCUGCAGGACCACCACAUCCAGACCAGCUACCUGCAGGUCACACUUCCUCCUGUCAGUCGUCGAAAAGCAGAGUACGCGAACGAAAACACAGACAUUGGAAGAAACGUAGAGCAGCACGGCUGUUUGAAUGGACUGCAUCCUGUGGUUUAUUCAGGAAUGGAGAGUCUGGCUGGGUAUCUGACUUCCUGUACCACAUCCAUCUCUUUAAUGUAAAGACCUGACUGUUUGGGUUGCGUCACCCUCUACCGGCCAUAAAUGUACUAUAUUAAGCUGAGUAGGCCAUGUUGUCGCAGGCAGCUUCAUGCCACAGUAUUAGCUAAGUGGUUACUAAACUCAUCAGAUCCUCUGUUUACUACAGUGUGACAAACUGUGGAGGAACUAAGACAAGUUCAGCUGAUGAAAAAACAAGAAGUCUAUCUUUUUUUUCUGUUUCAGUACACACAGGGACACACUUUAUGAAUUAAAAUUGUAUUUCAAUUGCAUAUUGAAAACGCAAUUGUUAAAAUUAUGUGAAUUUAGCUAUUUAUUUACCUUUUACAAACUGUA